AAAAUGGCAAAGAUUUAUAAAGUUUCAACUUCCGGAUACAUUUGUACGUAAACGUGUAUAUGUACAAUAUAUACAUACGUAUGUAAAUCUGUGUACGAAUCAACUAAAAACAACAGUUAUUGUUUAGAACCGAAAAUCAGUGAUAUAUAUUUCCAAAAGAAUAGAUAUAUUUCUUUUUCAAAAAAAGAAAACAAGAAUUGCAUACAUGUGUUUCAAGGUAGAUCGAACGACCCGAGAACAAAUAUAAUGCGAAGUGUACUUGUAUCUAAAUUGCUCGUAUACAGAAAUCAUCUUGCCUCGACGGUUCUCGUUACGUUUCGCAGCCGACACGCGCAAACGAGGCACGUGUUGAAGAUGAACGAGGCAUUUCUCCGUUACGAGAAGGACAGCAAAAUGUUCGACAUAACGUUUCGCUAUGCGGACGAAGAGAAGAAAGUCGACCGGCAAUUCAACUUUUCAAGACAAGCCGCGGAAAGUGUAAAUACUUUUCUGAAGAGAAUUGAAACAAACGUUUCCAAGAUUGUAAACAAAAAGAUAGAAAGAAAGAGGAAAAAGAACGCUACUGUGGAAUUGUCUGGUCUAUCAAAUGACAGCGUGGAAACAGGAAAAAUUAAGCUUCUCAAGAAUGACGUCAAAGUAGAUGGCGACGUGUUGUGUGAGAGUCUUCUUAAAGAUUCCUCAGAGCUCAAGCUCAUUAUUUUUGAAAAGAUAUUUUUAAUAAAAAGGAACGCACCUUAUAUUAUUAACGUUGCAUUGCCGUCAAGCAUGCUGGUGGGUUUCCCAACUUAUCCAGCCAAGUUUGAGUCAUUGUUCACCAUCAAGAAGCAAUCAGUUUUCACUUGGUACAGAAAUGACGUUGUCAACAAGAAGCUGAACGUGUGGACAGAAGUAGGUAAGGGAUAUUUCUACACGCCAAGUGUUUCUGACAUUGGCUGCAACUUGAAGAUCUCCUGCGAACCACGAAACGAGACGGAUACUGGUUACACAAUAGAAGUAGAGUCGAAGAACGUUGUCGAAGCCGGGCCUGGAGAAUGUCCGUUCGACACUCGACAUCAAUUUACGAAACACAGAUUAUCUGAUAGAAGUUUCAGGAUAAUGUCGUACAAUAUAUUAGCAGAUACAUACGCCGAUUCCGAUUUUUCCAAGGAUGUAUUAUUCCCAUAUUGCCCAUCGUAUGCGUUAAAUAUGGACUAUAGAAAGCAAUUAAUACUUAAAGAAAUAAUAGGAUUUAAUAGCGACAUAAUUUGUCUUCAAGAAGUAGAUAAAAGUGUGUACGAGCACGACCUAUUGCCGUCGUUAAACAUGUUGAAUUACGACGGUACGUUCAUCACGAAAAACGAAAUCAGCGAGGGACUUGCCACGUUUUUCUAUCAAGACAGACUCGAGAAAAUAGGAUACGAAUUCACUGUAAUGUCUCGGAAUAUAGAUUUUCCGAGAUUUGCGGAGGUUUGGUCUAAGAUUAAAAAUGAGAAGACGAAGGAAAGGUUUUUGGCCAGAAACACAACCGUUCAGGUAACGACGUUACGAUCGAAAGAAAAUCCUUCUGAAAUUUUUGUCAUCGGCAACACGCAUUUGUAUUUUAAACCGGAUGCGGAUCACAUACGUUUGUUACAAGGAUAUUACGUAAUUACAUACGUAAAUGAAGUGGCGAAGAAGACGCGAGAACAGAACCCAGAGUGUAACGUGAGCGCGAUGCUUUGCGGAGACUUUAACAGCACACCGGAAUGCGGUGUUUAUCAGUUAAUGACUGAAAAUUUUGUACCGGAAACCUGCGAAGAUUGGAAGAGCAAUCCCGAAGAAGCCGUAGACAAUAUCUCUCUGACACAAGAUCUUUCCAUGUCUAGCGCUUGCGGUACACCGGAGUACACAAAUUACACACCGGAGUUUUCCGGUUGUUUAGAUUACAUAUUUUACGAGAAAGACAAAUUCGAAGUGCAGCAGGUAGUUCCGAUGCCCAGUAAGGAAGAGAUUAUUCUUCACACAGGUUUGCCGUCCGUUGUACUUCCAAGCGAUCACGUAUCUUUGUGUGUUGAUUUAAAAUUGAAAGGAUAAAAAUAAUCAAAAUUGUCAAAUGUGUAAUGUCAAGCGGCAUUUGUACAGAGUUUGUAUAUCUAGUGUAAUAAAAUGUAAUAUUUAAAAACUGUAGCUCGCACAUAUUUGCAAAUUCAUCAAACUAUCGACGAGUCUGUUACAGAAAUGUAUGAUCAUUGACGCAAUUUGAAAAUGUAACUAUUAAUAAUUGGAAUUGUUUAUUCCGCACAUAAUUGUGUAAAAGUUAAUACACAGUUUUUGUAAAUAUUAUAUUGAUUUAUUUAUAUGAAAUUUAACUGAAAUUUUAUAUAA